UAUGUGUGUCCGCCGUCGUGCGUAAUGAUAAAUAAAGCAGUCGUACUUUGUCAAUGCUCGUGUGUGUACCUUCGCCUAUCUUAUAUAUAAAAUACGUAACAUUUGGCGACGAAGAUGAAAAUUCGGUGAAAAUAUUAUUUAAUUUUCUUGUUGUGAUUAUAAUGUCGAAUAUUUCGCAAUACAUACCGGGUUCGGAAUCAUUCAGUAAUUAUUUAGAUCGAUUAAACGCGCAGUUGACCGUUUUAAAAGUUAAAGAGGCUGAUAAAAAGUCCUAUUUAAUCGCAUACAUUGGUUCGGAAGCAUAUAGUCAAUUAAAAGAUGCUUGUUUGCCGGAGGAACCACAAUUAAAGUCAUACGACGAGUUAGUGUCCAAAUUGGAAGAAAUAUAUUCACCACGUCGUCUUGUAGUGAGUGAAAGAUUUAUUUUUAACCAACGUACACAGAACCAGGGUGAGUCAACUCGGGAGUACAUAACAGCAUUAAAAAAAUUAUCAAGUUUUUGUGUAUUUGGUUCGUUUUUAAACGAUGCACUGCGAGAUCGGCUUAUUGUAGGGAUAAGUGAUGAAUCGUGUCAACGAAAAUUACUUGGUAUAGAGUCCCUAACGUUUGAAGAAGCAUGUAAAAUUGCUUUGGAUUCGGAGUUGGUUUGUAAUCAAACACAACAAAUGAACAAUAAAUCACAAGUAAAUUUUAUCAAUAAUGGGAAAAAUGUGUCUCGUCAAACACAUUCGUCAUCGAAGUCGGAACUCAAGUGGAACGGAAAUUCUGGUGGAAAACCGUGGUCUGGGAAGUCGUCAAAACCUGGUCAAAAAAAUGGUCAGUCAAUUCAGCACGGCAGUCAAAGUUCACGAAGUCUUAAGUUUGGUCAAUGCUAUAGAUGUGGAAGGAAGCACGAUGUCCGUACGUGUCCAGCCAGAGAGUGGGAAUGUUUUUCAUGUAAAUUAAAAGGUCAUACGUCGAAAAUGUGUAAGACAAAAAUUAAAAAUAAUUUAGAGUCUAUUGAUUUAGUAAAUAAUGUGUCUCAGAAUAGUGGGGGAAAUCCACUUGUGAUUAAAAUCAAAGUUAAUAAUAAGCUUAUUCCGUUUGAAGUUGAUAGUGGAGCUGAAAUAGAUGUAAUUAACAAUAUUAAACUCAAGUUUCCCGGGGUGGUUAAAUUAAAUGAUAAACCAGCUGAUUAUAUAAAAGACCAUGAGGUCAAUUUAUCUUUAAAAGAAAAUAGCGUACCAGUUUUCCAUAGAGCAUAUCAAGUACCAUAUGCACUAAAGUCUGCUGUAGAAAUUGAGUUAAAUAGAUUAGAAGUUGAAGGAGUUAUAAGUAAGGUUUCAAUUAGUGACUGGGCAUCGCCUAUUGUAGUAGUACCAAAAAAAAAUAAUAAAAUUAGAAUAUGUGUAGAUUUAAAAACUACCUUAAAUCCAAAAUUACAAAUUGAACUACACCCAUUACCAAGAGUCGAUGAUGUGUUUAAUGAGUUAUCCGGGGGAAGUGUAUUCACUGUUUUGGAUUUAGCAGAAGCGUAUUUACAAUUACAGGUUGCACCUGAAAGUCGUAAGUUUCUUACAAUUAAUACUCAUAAAGGGUUGUACUGUUUUAAUCGUUUAUGUUAUGGGGUAGCGUCAGCGCCAAGUAUAUUUCAGUCAGUCAUGGAAAAUAUUUUACGAGGUGUUUCUAAAGUACAAGUAUAUUUAGAUGACAUAAUAAUCUGCGGCUCGUCAAGGUCAGAGUGUGAAGAAAAUGUUAAUGCGGUGUUAGAACGUUUAAAUGAGUAUAGAGUUAAAGUAAAUUUUGAGAAAUGUCAGUUUUAUUGUUCAAGUGUACAAUUUCUAGGUCAUAAAAUAGAUUGUCAAGGCGUACAUCCCGAUGGAAAUAAAAUGGAUGCGAUAAGAAACGCACCGUGCCCUAAUGAUGUAGUACAAUUAAAAUCAUUUCUCGGUCUCAUAAACUAUUAUCAACGUUUUAUUCCAAUGUCGUCAUCUAUAUUAGCUCCCUUGUACAAUUUAACAAAAAAUAAAAUACCUUGGAAUUGGUCUGACGAAUGUCGAUCAGCGUUUGAAAAUAUAAAACAGGUAUUAAUAAAAAGUCAAUUAUUAGUCACGUAUAAUCCAGAUUUACCUCUAGUAGUUACGUGUGACAGUUCUAGCUAUGGUGUCGGUGCAGUUCUUAGUCAUUUGAUAGAUGGGGAGGAGAAGCCAAUUUUAUUCGCGUCUAGCACCUUAUCAGCGGCAGAAAAAAAUUAUGCACAAAUUGAGCGUGAAGGGUUAGCAAUAAUCUUCGCAGUAAAAAAAUUCCAUAAAUACUUGUUUGCACGCAAAUUUAUUUUAGUAACUGAUCAUUUGCCGUUAAAAUCAAUUUUUAAUCCGUCAAAGAAUAUACCUGUUGUAGCUUCAUCUAGAUUACAAAGAUGGGCAGUUCUAUUGUCUAGUUAUCAGUACGAGAUUCAACAUAGGAAGGGGGUAGACAUAAGUAACGCAGACGCGUUAUCAAGAUUACCUCAAAGUAGUAAUACUGGGGAAAAUGCUUGUUCAAUUUUAUUAUUAGAAAAUUUACCUUUAACGUAUAAGGAAGUGAGCAAAAAAACGAGUACAGACGAAGUAUUAAAAGAAAUAAGUCAGUAUACGAAAGAAGGUUGGCCGGGGGUAAAGUCGUUAAAAUCAGAUUGCCAACAAUAUUAUAAAAGACGGGAAGAAUUAUCGUUAGUAAAUGACUGUUUGAUAUUAGGUAAUCGCGUAGUAAUUCCAAAGUCAUUAAGAGAAGACGUAUUAAUGUUAUUACAUAAAAACCAUCCGGGUAUUGUUCGUUCGAAAAUGCUCGCAAGGUCGUAUGUAUGGUGGCCUAAUAUCGAUAUUGAUAUAGAUAAGUUUAUUAAGACGUGUACGGAAUGCCAAUGUAAUCAAAACGAUAAGAAUGUUAGUGAGAAAGUGUAUAUUCCGUGGGAAAAUCCAUCAGAUUCUUGGAAAAGAAUACACAUCGAUUUUCUAGAAAUAAAUCAAGUUAAAUUAUUAAUCAUUGUUGACAGUUUUAGCAAAUGGAUUGAGUGUUUUGCAAUGGGAAGUACAACGGCUUCAAAAGUAAUCGAAGUUUUAGAAAAUUGUUUUUGUCGUUUUGGUUCCCCAGAGAUAAUGGUAACCGAUAAUGGUCCACCUUUUGGCGCAAAUGAAUUUAAAGCAUAUUGUGAGAAAAAUUGUAUAAAACUAGUACAUUCGCCGCCAUACAAUCCAGAGUCUAAUGGGUUGGCAGAGCGAGGAGUGCAAACGAUAAAAAAAUUAUUAAUAAAGAGUUUGUGUGUAGAGAGAGAUGUAAAAAGAAUACAAUCAAAAAUUAAUAAUAUUUUAGUAUCAUAUCGUAACACACCAACAACAAGCACAGGUUGUAGUCCGUCAGAUUUAAUAUAUAAUUUUAAACCAAAAAAUCAUUUGUCCAUAUUAAAACCACCAAAUAUUGUAGAAAAGAAUAAAAAUAUUAAUGUUACUAAGUACGAAAUAAAUGAUAAAGUUCUUGUUCGAAAUAAUUCAAAAGGGCAGAAAUGGUUAACUGGACGUAUAAUGAAAAUGUUGGGAACGUGCAGUUAUUUAGUCCGGGUUGGUGAUAAAAUCAGAUUAAUGCAUGUAAACAAAUUGAAAAAGAGUUAUUUAAAUGAUGAGGUACAUCCAAGGGAACUUGAAUAA